AUGUCGAGGUCGUUCCUAGUCGACACGUUGAUCAGUGAAACGAAAGAUUGCAAGACCACAGAAGCCACUAACACAUUACACGGCUUCGGUUUCAAUCAGAUGGACCCGCGCCCCAAAUUCCUCCCUUAUCCGUACCCGCUCAAUAAUUUACUAACUCUCGGACUGCAGCAGCAGCGAGCGCCGGAUUUAUUCAGGCCGUUCUUGGAGCACCUGAACUUUCGAUAUCCACUCGUCCAUCAAUUGCCGAGACAACCGGACUACUACGAGGGGCCGCAAAGUGAGCGAUCGUUCGAGGGAUACGUGAAAACAGAGGAAGAACCAGUGAAUUUUGUGAACAGAAGAAAGAAGUCGAUUUCUCCGUACCUUCAUCAUCCCUACAAAGCGACGGCGACGUCUCCUUCGAAAAGCCAGGGGCAAAGAUCUCCAUCGAUAUCCAGUGGAAGUCGAAACGGCACCCCGAGUCCUCCGCUCGCCCAUCCAGAGGAGUCGCUUCCCGGCUACUCCAAAGAUUUAAAACGUAUGCCCUUAAAAGAAGACUCCAGUAAACGCAUCCGUACGGCUUUCACUGGCACGCAACUAUUGGAAUUAGAACGAGAAUUUUCUAUGAACAUGUACCUAUCCAGAUUGAGAAGAAUUGAGAUCGCGUCUCGUUUGAAACUGUCGGAAAAACAAGUGAAGAUAUGGUUCCAGAACCGUCGCGUCAAGCUAAAGAAAGAGGAGAGCCCUCUGACCGCCGACGGGAGGACCAAGAAGUGCUGCUGUGCUAAGUCGUCCUGCUCUUCCAAAAAUUCCACCGACUGUGAUAAUGAGCAAAUCGAUGUGGUCAGUGAUAACGAUAUUAGUUUCGAAGCGCAAAACUUGUCUCGAUAUUCUUGA